AGGAAGAAGAAGAGAGCUUUUCAAACUUGAACCAUAUCAAAAAAAAAAAAAAAAAAUCUCUGCUCCUUCUGUAAAAUCUUUUUGCUAUGGAGGAGGAUUCGAGUUUUAAUCAGAAUCCACCUCAAUCAGAUUUCUCCAUCUCUGCGAAGAUAGAUUCGUUUCAGAAGUCGCUAGAACAACCACCGCCGCCGACUUCCCCGGUGAAAUCUUCUCAAGAAUCAGCGACGGAAGUCACUCCGCCGCAGAAACCACCGCUUCACCGAUUUGUUCACAACCAACUUCAUAUGAAUCAAUCAGGAGGAAACUGUCGAGUGAGCGACCAAGAUCCAUUGACGACCUCACGAGUACAGACAGAACUUGAAUCGAUAGAUAAUACUCCAAAUAAACAACAGAAACGUUGCAAUUGUAAAAACUCAAAGUGCUUGAAGCUGUAUUGCGAAUGUUUUGCGUCUGGAUCUUAUUGUAACGGUAGUUGCAACUGUUUGAAUUGUCACAACAAUUUGGAUAAAGAGAAUUCAAGACAAGAAGCUGUCACGACGAUCUUGGAGCGUAAUCCGGAUGCGUUUAAGCCCAAGAUUGCUGGUAGUCCUCAUGGAAUUAAAGAUUUGCAGGAGAAUGCGCGGAAAAUGCUGCUUCUUGGAAAGCACAGUAAAGGAUGCCACUGCAAGAAAUCAGGAUGCCUCAAGAAGUACUGUGAGUGUUACCAGGCGAAUGUCCUGUGUUCAGAGAAUUGUAGAUGUCAAGAUUGCAAGAAUUUCGAAGGAAGCGAAGAAAGAAAUGCUCUUCUUCAUGGACCUCAGGUCUCAGAAAACUACAUACAACAGACGACCAAUGCUGCUGUUAACCGCGCCAUCGACAUGUCUGGUUAUCUUAACCCUCCUGAAUCAAGAAAGAGAAAGAGCAAGGACGCUUUACAUUCACUCGUUGUCCAGAAUCAGAGGGCAAACCACGUUGUAAGAAAUGGUGACACUUCUCUUUUUUCACUCCCUAACGACAAGGCGGUAUCUGGAUAUACCACAUGUGCUUACAGGUCUUCUCUGUCAAAUAUUAUCCAACCACAUCAUGUCAGAGAGCUAUGUUCGCUUUUGGUCUCAAAAUCAGUGGAUGUGGCAAAUAAAUUAUCAGGUGCCAAAUGUGAAACAAACAAAAGGAAAGAUCCUUCACGUGAUCCAGCCCAAAGAGGUGCUAAUGUUAUCAACGACUCUCCAGAUUGUGUCCUUGAUACUAAUAGAAUAGAAGAGAAGCCUUUAUCUCCAGCAACACGUGCAUUGAUGUGUGACGAAGAACAUGAGAUCGGCUCAGAGAAAGAUACGUUUGCCAGAGUGAAAACAAGCCAAGAGAAAGAAGACACAGACACAAGCUCGGAGGUUUACUUAGAACAAGAACGACAGAUCUUGUCAAGCUUUAGGGACUAUCUCAUUCAACUCUCAAACCGUGGGAGCUUAAAUGGAAGAAAUACCAAAGCCGACACAAAUCCAAGUUGAAAGGAACCAGAUGAUGAAGAGCAAAGCCAUCUAGACUCAAAUUAGUUUUUGGGGGUAAUAAUAAUGCUUAGGGGGAAAUUUCUGACAAAAAACUUUAGGAUCUAACUCAUUUUUUCUAUUUUUUUUAAUUCAUAAUUUAAAAAUAGUAUGAAGGUUUUAAAAUUGUCACCUAGCUUUGUAAAAAAACAUGUACAGUAUAACCUCUAUAAAUUAAUACUCUUUAAAUUAA